CUCUACAUUAAAACUUUAUCCGGCCUGUCUGCAUUUGUUUGGUUAUGUCACGAUAAACUUAAAAAAGAACGAGAAGUUAAGUCUCUAAGUUUGGAAGUGAAGUCUCUUAAAUAUAUUUAUUUGUUAGAAAUUUGGAAUUAUUACAAAUCAAAUUUAUUAUAAAUAUGCUUCGUCGAAUUUUCUCAAAUAAUCUUCUCUCACAUGGAUUCAAACUUGCAACCUGCACAAAUGUUCCAAUUGCUCUUCCUAGAACUAUCAAGCUGGCUGGGAUCUCAGGGUCUCGUUUUUUCCAUGAUGGUCCGAAAGUGCAAAAGCCUGCUCCUGAUUUCCAAGGAACUGCAGUUGUGAAUAGCGACUUCAAAGAAAUACAAUUAUCAGACUUUAAGGGAAAAUAUUUAGUUCUAUUUUUCUAUCCACUUGACUUUACAUUUGUGUGUCCAACUGAAAUAAUUGCAUUCAGUGAUCGAAUUGAUGAAUUCAAGCAAUUGAACGCAGAGGUGAUUGGGGUCUCCUGUGAUUCGCACUUCAGCCAUUUGGCCUGGAUCAAUACUCCCAGAAAGGAUGGUGGUCUUGGUGGUUUGAAAUAUCCACUUCUUGCUGACUUCAGCAAAGAAAUAUCAAAGAAUUACGGAGUAUUAAUCGAUGGCGAUGGUAUACCUUUGAGAGGACUUUUCAUCAUCGAUCCAGAGAGUAAAAUUAGACAAAUCACAGUGAACGAUCUACCGGUUGGAAGGAGUGUCGAUGAAGUUCUGAGACUCAUCAAGGCUUUCCAGUUUGUUGAGAAGCAUGGUGAAGUUUGUCCAGCCAAUUGGAAUCCAGAAUCUCCAACUAUCAAGCCUAAUCCGGUAGAAUCUCAAGAAUAUUUCAAGAAAGUCAACAAAUGAAACGUUUAAGCAGGAUUAGAAAAAAAUAAGUUUUCCAAUUGUGACCUGUUUCUAAAAGCGGGCUUAUUAGUUAUAGAUCAACCAUCGAGUUUGCACACUUAAUGCGUUCUAUGUACUUCUCCAGGGUAAUUCCAAAUUACCAAAAUAAUAAAAACUGCCAUUUUAAUAAGCUAAGCUCAUACCACACACAAAUAAUAUUGUUUCAAGUUACAUUAUUUUGUUCUCCAAUAGAAUAAACUAUUUUUCUGUUAA